CUUAUCUAAUUAUCAGCACGUGUCUGGAUGUCGGCGUGUGACCGGGCGUCUGGGCCAAGCUGCUCCACCUGUUCUGGACAGUCACGCUCAUGGUGACGUGGACGUUCAGCAGCAGCCUUAAGCUUGUUUACAGCCGCUGAAGGCGAGACAUGGCGGACGUGAAGUGGUCUUCGGGCGAAGAGUCGGACGGGAGACGCGACCCACGAGCCUCGGAGGAGAAGGACCAGCGUGCAAAGACCCUCCAAGAGCUGGAGGAGGUUUUACAUUCGGCUCCGCGCUCCUGUCGCCACGGAGAUGAGGUGUGGCCCAACCUGUAUCUGGGCGACAUGUUCAUGUCUCAUGACAAGCUGGGCCUGAGUCAGCUGGGCAUCACCCAUGUGCUGAACGCCGCGCACGGGAAGCUGUGCUGCAAGGGCAGCGACGACUUCUACGGCACCACGGUGAAAUACUAUGGAGUCCCAGCCAACGACCUGCCCACCUUUGACCUUUCACCUUUCUUCUACCCAGCGGCUGAGUUCAUUCACCGGGCUUUGUCGUCAGCAGGGAAGGUGUUGGUCCACUGUGCUGUGGGCGUGAGUCGCUCAGCGGCGUUGGUCCUCUCCUACCUGAUGAUUCAUCAGCACCUCAGUCUCCUGUCCUCUAUUCGCCUUGUGCAACAGAAGAGGUGGAUUUGUCCAAACAGAGGGUUUCUGAGACAGCUCAUAGUUUUGGACCAAGAACUGCAGAACAAAGGGUUCGAUGAGACAAACUAA